CCCAACCAUGCCCCUCCCCAAUCAGCCAAUUCGCAUGUUUCCUGUUUCCAAGAAUACGAAAGGGCCGACAACGAGGUCAUCACUUUGCCCGGCCGACCUUGUUUGUCCCCCAGGUCGUGUGUCUGACCACCUGUCGGUCGGUCGAUCGGUCUUGUUGUCUGUCUGGCAGAUUGCUUCUUUUUCGCUUUCUUCCCUUUUCUUCCUGCCACUGCCUACAUUUGCUUACUGUGUAUCUUACCCGUUUGCUUCGCUCCUUGCACGCACUCUCUCGGCCCACACACAGGCCAACCAACGGUCUGACCCAUCGUGCUGCUUCUCGCUCGACUCUGCCCGACCCACUCAUUAAGCAUAAGUAUAGACAGGGCUGGCACGGCCAGUGCUUGCACUCGGAUUGCGCUGAGCCUGCAAAAGACGCCGUCGGGGUUAGCAAGUCCAAACACGAACGGCGACAGGGACAGACCCGACAUCCUGGGCGCUCGCCGCAGACUGCGAGGGCGAGGCAGAGACAAAAAAAGACAGCCUGGAAAUUGUCGCAGUUAAUUGCCCUCCCAGGCUGCCAGGCCUCCCUCGCGCCGUCGACCCGCCAAGCAGAGGCCGCUCCCUUUCUGCCCUCUGCUGCCGGCUGCUUUCUCCCUCGGCCCAAUUUACCACACCGCGGCCCUCCUGGUUCGUGGUUGCAGCGCUCUCUCAAUCUCCGACACGCUGCUCCAGUCUAUUCCUAGUCCUGAUUCAAACUCCCGCCUCUGACUGGCAAACACUCCCGCCCGCCCCCGUUGCUGGCAGACCCCAUUGUCUGCUGAUCCGCCAGGGAAGGUCGCUCUUUGCUCUGAGACACUUUGUCUAUUCCUGAAAUUGUGAUCCUCAAUCUCCGACAGCAUGCCUCGAUACUCUUUCGAGUCUGAAGGCGACGAAAGGGAGGCCUUCAACGCCGGCUCUUCCUCCGAUCAUCCACCACUGCAUCACCAGCAGACGCAACCCAACAUGUCCCAGUAUCCCCCCGCCGCCGGCUCGAGACGCUACGAGCAGCCUCGUUACGACGACUCGCCAGGUCGACAGCCAAUGCCAGCCGCCCACCCAGACUCGGCCUUUACCGAGAUGCGCGCAAACAGGAGGUCAAGUCGAGAGGGCAUGCCACCAAACUCGAGUCGGACGCCCUACAUGGCCGCCGGCGCUGCCGCAGGGCUCGGGGCUGGCGCUGGCGCCGCCUCGUUGUCGCCCCAGGGUUACUCACAAUCGCAUGUGCCCCCACAAGCCCAGGGCCAGUGGAGGCCCGACCCGGAAUACUAUGCUCCCCCGCAGAGCAACAUCACCCCAGAACAAAACCCAAGAGAGAGUGGUCUCGAGGCCAUGAGAGGCCCCAACUACCCCCAACAGACAUACCAAACACAUGACCCUUACGGCUACGGGAGGGGAAACAACGACUACCCCAUGCAUGACCCACAAGCGAGUCUGCGGCCAGGCCCAACGGCCUACGCUGGCGACGCCGGUGACCGCGCCUCACACUCCAGCUUGCAAGGGCUCAAUGCUGCUGCAGUUCCAAUGGCCCAGUCUUCCCCGGGCUACAGGUCGAGAAGCCCGGGCUAUGCACCAGGUCCCUACCGAGACGACCCAUACCAGGGCUACUCGGUACACAGCCGCGCUAACUUGGGCACCGUGGACCCGAACGAGAUCCUUGACGAUGGCGACGACGGACUCGAGUAUAAUCAGAGAGGGGCCCGGCAUAGUAUGCUGAGUCUCGGUCACUCGAGCGGUAAGAGCACCCAGAACGGUGCCGGGGCGGCAGCAGCAGGUGGGGCAGCAGCCGGAGCUGGCGUGAUGGGGGCCAUCGGUGGCCUCGUCGGCAAGAACGGCGCCAGUCGAGAUGGAAAUGGCCACUAUGACGCCGUCAACGGGAACACUGGGUACCAGGGCGCCGGCGGCAGCACGUAUGACCUCGGCGCCGGCCCUGAGAAGUCUGCGUGGCUUGAGAAACAGAGCACCAGCUCCAAGAAGUUGAGAUGGCUGAUCAUCGCUGGCGUUCUGGUGCUGGUCGCCGCUGGCAUCGGACUGGGCGUCUACUUUGGCAUCUUCCGGAAUAGGGGUGCCGGCUCUGCACCCCCCGGCAAAUCGGCAGCCGACGACACAGCGGACAAUGGCGACCUCAACAUCAACAGCGCCGAGAUCAAGAAGCUCAUGAACAACGCGAACUUGCACAAGGUGUUCCCCGGCAUCGACUACACGCCUCUCAACACGCAAUACCCCGAUUGCAUGCAUAACCCACCAUCGCAAAACAACGUCACCCGCGACGUGGCCGUGCUGUCUCAGCUGACAAACACCAUUCGACUAUACGGAACGGACUGCAACCAGACGCAGAUGCUCAUUCACGCCGUCAACCAACUCGAGCUCAAGGACACCGUCAAGAUCUGGCUGGGUGUUUGGCAGGACGGUAACACCACCACCAACGAGCGGCAGCUCAGUCAGAUGUGGGACAUCUUGGACGAGUACGGGGAGACCCCCUUCAAGGGCCUCAUCGUCGCCAACGAGAUCCUCUUCCGUGAACAGAUGACGGCCUCGGAGCUCGGCUCGCUUCUCUCCGAGGUGCGCACCAACCUCACCAGCAGGCAGAUGUCGCUCCCGGUGGCGACGUCGGACCUGGGUGACGACUGGACGUCCGAGCUGGCGCAGAUGAGCGACUACAUCAUGUCCAACAUCCACCCCUUCUUCGCGGGCGUCAACGCCAAGGACGCGGCGUCGUGGACCUACUCGUUCUGGUCGAACCAGAACGGCGGGUUCUGGAAGUCCGACAUCAGCAAGAAUAUCAUCGCCGAGACGGGCUGGCCGUCGCAGGGCGGCACGGACUGCGGCACCACCGCGAUCACGGACUGCCCCAACGCGUCGGUCGCCGGCAUCGACGAGAUGAACACGUUCAUGGAGGGGUGGGUGUGCCAGGCCCUCGCCAACGGCACCAACUACUUCUGGUUCGAGAGCUUCGACGAGCCCUGGAAGAUCCAGUUCAACUCGGGCGGCCAGAACUGGGAGGACCACUGGGGCCUGAUGGACGUCAACCGCAACCUCAAGAGCGGCGUCAAGAUCCCUGACUGUGGGGGCAAGACGAUCGACUGAGGAGCGGGGAUCUUAUUGAGAUAUAUGUGCAUGAUGUUUUAUGAUGAAAAGAUGUUAAUUUGUCGUUCUGGUGGUCUUGAUCUGGUCUGUGGCUUUUUUCAAAGAUCUGAAAUAUGGACACAUACUCGACUGUUGAUCUAGGCGGCUCUUUUGGCGCGGCUGGUCUAUGGGCCCGACGGGCCGACCAGCAGGUACUGGGGAAGGCAUAUCUUGGCACGCAGCAUGAACUUUUGGAUGAGUUGGACCUGGGGCUCAAUAUUGCAUUUAUAUUCGGUGGACACAACCAAUUCUUCCUGGAGACCACGCACUCCCUUCCUCCUGGGACAUUUGCUUCUCAUGGUCUGCAUUUACGCAGCACGCACGACCAGACCCUACCUGCUUCGUUUUGACUGAAAAGGGGAUUCUGGGCUGUUGUUUCUUUCGUGCCGAUAUGAUAGACAUGUUUUUCUUGUUGGGGUAUGUUGUGAUAUACUACUGGAGUUGGUCAGGAUUGGGCGAGUUCAACAUUUGUAGUUUAGAUAUUUGCAGUGGUUGUGUGUGUGUGGCCAUUUUGGGGCAUGAGUGUCAAUGAUGCUGGGAAGGACAGGAUGGGACGGGGGCUUUGGGUAAUUAUGUAUACACCUAGUCGGACGGAAAAGACACAUCAUUACUUUCG